GUCCACUCUCAUCAGGGCAGAUCCAAAAGAACGUACAUGUACAAGUGCUAUGCAUAUCAUCAUCUUACUCAGUCUUGUUUUAUCGUGCAUAUGCUAUGGCUUAGCGACCAGAAUGGAGGAGAGGAUCGACGAUCUGAUCAACGCAACGAUGGCUUGUUUCAACGCCCCUGCACUAACACUCGCCGUCGUACAAGGCGGGCAAAGUGUCAUAGCAAAAAGUUAUGGAGUGAUGGACAGAGAAAGCAAUCAACCCGUGUCAAAUAGCACGCUGUUUAAUAUCGCCUCCUUAACAAAAGCGUUUGCUGCCACAACUUUGGUAAAGGUAAUGGAAGAUAAAGGGUAUGAUUUAGAUGCUCCGCUGACAUCUUUCGAUGAACUGAAAAAUCUGACGUUUAUACGAGAGGAUCUCACGGCCCGAGUGACUGUCAGAGAUAUUCUAAGCCACAGGACGGGUCUCAACGGCUACAACAGAAUACGUCUCCAAAACAACUUCUCACUGGAGACCAUUGGGGAGAAGCUUAAGUAUUUCAAAAGUUCAGCCCCGCUGCGUGCGAAGUACUUAUACAACAAUCAAAUGUACGGGCUAGCCGGUCUCAUCACGGAGCGACUUACUGGCCUGAGCUGGGAAGAGGCGGUGAGAGCCACCAUUCUCUCUCCACUGGGAAUGGAGACCACCACUUUCAUAUCCACCGCCAAGUUAGAUGGACUGUCAAUUGCAUCUCCCCACUAUUACGAUGAUGAACGGCCCGGAGGAUUAAGGAUAGGCUCUUUGGAGUUUUUAAAAUCCUGGGCCCGCAAUUCUCCCUCUGGUUCCAUUUUGAGCAACUCCGUGGAUAUGGCAAAGUGGCUGCUGUUUCACCUAAACUCGGGCAAAGCUCAUGAUCAGUCGCAGGUUAUGCCGGUGAAUGCGUUAGAGGAGACGUACAGACCGAAUAUUGCGUGCCCGUCUUCACUGGACAAAUAUCUGUCCACUCCUAUCAUCCCAGUCACGUUCAAUAUUUCCCACUAUGGAUUCGGGUGGAGGAUUGGCAGUUACCGAGGUUAUCCCAUGGUAACUCACACUGGAUUAUCAUGGGGAUUCUCUUCAAAUUUGGUUUUCAUUCCAUCCAAAGGGCUUGGCAUAUAUUACACCUUCAACACGAUGCCUAGUUCACGGCUAAAGAAGCAGGCGCUGGGGAUGCUUAUUUUGGACCUUUUCCUUGGAGAACGUCCGUGGUUGAAUAGCUCCUCAGUUUGCUCCUUCCCUGCACCUUUUGCGGACCCUCCAAACUCGACAAAACCUACCAAAGCAACGCCAGGGACUUCGGAUAGACCUCUUAGGAGUUACACAGGAAAAUUUAAGGAGCCGCUGUAUGACGAAAUCGAAGUCAUUCACAAGGACGAGGAGAACUUUCUCCGCAUGUUCUACGGUCCAUUUGGUCGCUGGAAGCUGUACCCCGUUGGAGGAGACGAGUUCUACGGCGAAGGAAUUGGUCCUGCGUUUGUUCUCAGACUAAAUGGAGUAUUAUUCAAAAGUCUCUACGCAGAGUCUGGUGACAUAGACGCUGUAACGUUCGAGUCAUUGGAACGGAGGGACCCACCCAUAUUUGUUAGAGAGGCGGUGCGUCCCACUUCGAUUGCGUCGCGAAUGAAUUCGGUAUUUCCCGUCCUCGAUGUACUUAUUUUAUUGUUCUUAUUGAAAUAACUAGUACCCUUUGUGUGGCUAAAUGACUUCUUGAAAUACCCUGUUAUAAGACAAUUAUAUCAAAUUUCCUUUGAUUUUGAUUUGUAUAUAGGGCAUAGCAAUGGUCAUGAAAACAACGACAAUUUGAGAAAGCAGCCGUUGUCAUGUCCUUUACGAAAUUGCAAUUUUUUACCUGCAUUUGAGAUAUAUGUCUGCUGUUUGAUUAAGUUCCAUAUUAUACUUAACUGAAAGCACUAUCUUAAAAAAACUAUGAUGGGGAAAAACGUGUCUGCCCCUGGUGACUUCUAAAAUAUUAGUGCUUUUGUAGAAUGUGGCAGGUUAUGUUUUUCUAGUACAAUUAUUGUGACUUAUUUCCCAAAUGUUCACACCGUAUUUCUUAUAGGUUGAACAGAAAUCCUAGGGUGGCAAUAUUUUUUUCAGUACUUACAAAGUCUUAGUAAAUGAUUAAACAUUGAACUAGAGACUAAUAGCAUGAUUGAAUUAUAGACCAGAUACCGGUAUAGAUGUUACCUUACUCCGUAUUAAACGAAUGAAAAAAGUGUACUGUGCAUUUCUGCCAUAUAACAUUGAAUUUUUCUACAUCUUGAGAUACAGUGUAUUUUUUCUUAUAGAUUUUGUAUAUAUUUUCUAAAUAAAGUUAAAGUUUUUUUGAGUGACAGUGCGUCUUUCUGACAUUUUGUUUUGUAUAUGAAAAAUUUAAUGUGUAUAGUCAUGAUUAUAUUGGAUACAUUACGUUCAUUACUGUCAAUUAGAAUAAACGGUAUAUUACUGAAAUUUAAAUAUAUAUUACAGGAAAUUAACCAUGCUUCUACUUGGCGUAAGAAAUUUUGUACAAUAUCCCAAUCCCAAAGUAUAUGGUAUAUAGUUUCUACCUCCUUUAAUGCCAUUAUUGAAGCUUCUACAUUUAUCAUAUUUAG